UUCGACGUUCAGUUUACAUUACGCUCUCCAAAAGUCAGAGCAGAGAAACAUCACUGUUGAGAGAGAUGAGGAGAGAGUGAGAGAGAGAGUUACAGGGAAAGAGAGAGAGAGGGAAGUUUCGUGCUGAUUGCUUUCACCAGAAUGAUGGAGUUUAGGAUUCUUCGUACAGGACCGAUGAAGACACUUCUGACUCAAUAAAACUCCUUCAGGACAAAAUGAACCCAGACUCCCUGGACUCCUCCAUCCUGAGCACUCUCUCUGCUCUCUACCCUCCUUUUGAAGCUGCAGCUCCCACUGUCCUCAGCCAACUAUUACAUGUCUCUGAGGGUCUUUAUGACGGCGAUUCGCUUCAGUGCCUAACUGACUUCCUGAUCCCAGCCAGACGACUCCUGGAGAGGGUCAGAGAGGCAGCUUGUGUCCCAUAUUCAGACUUGCCGUUCCACUGUUCAGGCUGGCCGCUGUGCCUGUAUGACCACAUUGUAAUCCAUCUCGCUCCCAUCAACCCACUGCUGCUGUCAUUUGAAGACUUCUACUUACAGGUAGUGCCGUUUAAAAAGCAGUCAGCCUGUAUCGUGGUUCGAAGUCUGUUGGAUGAGGAGCAGCAUGAUUUGGAGGAAACUCCAAUACCUGAGGACUUAUUUAGCCGUAUUUUCACCCAGGACUGGCUAAAAGAGCUCAAUGUAGGCAGGCAUGGAAAGCUGCUCCGUAACUGUGUGCUGGCUACUGAGCAGUGCUUAGUGAAGGUGCCUUGGGAUCAGGUGGCCUACCCAGUGUUUGAAGACCAGUCACAACACAUGGAUUCUUCUGGUAUUUCCAAUCAACAGCAACCAUUGAACGGACCUUCCUGGCAGGGUUAUUCAGUUGAGACCAGGAUCUGUCCCGCUAAGGAUGGGAUUGCAGUGUCUUUGUGCUUGGUAGACAGCUCCAGACAGAGUGAGAUGAAUCAAGCCAUGCCUGAGGUGAGGCCACUUGGCUGGGUGUCUCCUAAUACCUGGGACAGUCGCAGUAAAGCUUGUUUUGUGGAUGAGGAUGUAAACGAUGUGGAACGUAUCAAGGAUUUUGGAGAUUCUCAGACAAGUUCUCAGCUUAGAACGUGUUUGCAAAAGCCACACAAGGUCACACCUCCUGUAGGCCAGGGUCAUGAUCGUCCCACCUGCGGACGGACUGUAAGGUUUGCAGAGCAGCCUUGUACUCCUUGCCUGAGGAGGAAGCAUGGACAAGGGACCAAGAACCAAGAAUGCCGCUACAAGGAGUACUGCAGGGAAGAGCAAUGUUCUGUUAGAAAUGAACACAGGAUAAAAGAACCAGUUAUUUCUGAAAGACCAGUGAGAAAAGAUCAUCUUCACAGACCAGUUCUGAAACUGUUUCCAGAGAUACAAACUAUAAAUAAUAACUUCAGUGAAAAUCAUAGAAAGUUUACUGAUGAUUCUCAGGGUAUCUUGGCAGACAUGACAGAACUGAGUGAAGGAAUCAUUGCCUGUAUCACCCCAAACAUGACUGAAACAGAACCUGAGAAAAGUCGCACUGUUUUCCGAGGAUAUCCCAGUGAGGGAAAAUCGGACAGCAAGACUGAUGUGACCCCAAGGUUACAUGUAGAUCAUGGGGAAAAAAACACUUCAUGUGGUCUGGUUUCACCAAAGUUAAGCAGACGAAAGCAACCAGUGCAAGAAGAAGCUCAGGACCAUAGAAAUCUUCCCCUUCUAGCUAAGGGACCUCACACAAAUAAAACUGUAUCCUCGUUACAUCAUACCGAUAUAAAAAAGCCUGGAAAGAGAUCACAAUUCCUAGCUCCAUCUGAUCCAGAGACCAGCCUCCUGCAAGCAGGACUAUCUUGCCUGACAGGUGGCAGAGAUCACACAAACAGAGUAGUGGUGGAGGUUUAUGGUGAUCAUCAGCACUGGGGGUCUCCUUUGCUGUCCAGCAGGGCGCUAUGUAAACUUCUGCUUUACUUCCAUACAAUCACUAGGAAGGAUGAGAGAGAGUUUGGAAUGACGGUUGUGUAUGACAGCCGCAAGAUACCACCACACCCAGAAUUCUUUGAAGCUCUGCAGAUGGUGCAGGAGCAGAAUCCAAAAGCAGUCCACAGUGUUCUACUGCUGAUCAGUAAGGAGAAAAGUUAUAGCUCCAGGAAAUACCCCGGAGACAUGGAGGUCGUGACAUCCCUGAAAGCUCUUCACAGAUAUAUAGACUACAGCCAGCUGAGCCCAGCCCUGGAAGGCACUUUUCUUUACAGUCACAGAAACUGGCUGCACCUUCAUCAGGAACUGUAUCCAUUUGUGUUUGCCAUGAAGGAAGCAUCAAAUUUGCUUCUAGAAGCCAUAAGGAAGUUAGAAGGGGUCCAUAAAAUAGACACAGCUCAGGAUGUACAGCAGUGCAUUAAUGACCAAAGGGUUCUAAUAAAGGAUGUACUUGAAGACACCCAAUUAGUUACCUUACAAAAGGAAAGCGGAGCCUUGUUGGCCAGGUUGAGAUGGGAGAGUGAUGCAAGAGGAGUGCACUACGAGACAAGCUGUAAGGUCAUGGAUACUGUGGAUGCCCUCUACAGUGAGGUAGAGGAACAUGUUCAUGUGUUGGUGAGAAGAUCCAAUAUAUCAUUUCAACACCUUGGCUUCUUGCUACAUCUCAGGAAGAUGGAAUCAAGGUUUAUGGAGAUUAAGGAGUGGUUUGAUGUGGAGGGAGAGAGACGUAUACUUGAGGCUGAAUCUGCAGAGGAACCAAGCAGGAGCUUUGAGGAGAUUCUCCAAUGCUUAACCGCUGUCCUCUCUGAAGCUAAUGAGCAUAAGCUUCAGGCGAUGAUGUUACUAAAUGAAGCAGAAUGUACUCAGGGACCAAACUAUCCCGAGACGGAAGUGUUCAAUAUAAUGAUAUCUACAUUCAAAUCCAACUUGUCUGAAUUUCUCUCUCAAGCAGAGCAGUACUGUGAUGAGCUGAAGACCAUGCUAACUUUGUGCCACUUCUGUGAGAGGGCAGCUGAGGUGGCCACAGACUGCUCUCAGCAAUUGGAACAAGAGAGACUGCAGUACAUGAAUCAUCAAGAGAAAUGGGCUACUCUUCAGGGAUGCCAUGAAAAGCUCAGCCAGUUUUCCCCUGAACACUUCCAAGAGGCAAAGACCCAGGCCGGCUCAUUGCAGAACUCUUGGGGGAAGAAGGUGUGGAACUUGACUUGGCUAAGGUGUCAGGAGGUCAGUCGGCAACUGGAGGACAUCCUGCAGGAGUUGGAGCAAGAACAAAAACCUUCAGUACCUGUAUCUUUACACUAUCAAUGGCACAGUAAUGCAGGGCAGGAGAGCACUGAUGUAGGAGCAAUGCUUCCACAGCCUGACACACAUCAGAACCAACUUGAAUGCACAGAAGUCAAGGUCCGGAAUAACCGAGACAGCAUCCAUGGCACAGUGUCCUGCUUCAACAUCAGCUUCAGGCAAUCCCGUAAAGGACGUAAAGUUUCCAAAAUGGCUCCAGUUGCAGAUACUGACCAGAAGUCAACCAGAAAAACAACCCAUGACCACAGGCAAGCAACAGUUGCAGGUUCUGACACAGUUGGUUGCCAGUGGUUCAGCUGGCACCACAAUUCAACCAAAUACACUAAGGAGGACUCUUCUUCCUAUAAGAUUCAGAUCCUACCAUCUACAUUCACUGAAUCUAAGACCUCACCACUCAUCUGCACCAAUUCCCAAAUCUUAAUACCUACCUGCUCUGGACCUCAGACAUCAGUGCUCCAAAACCCAAUACCACUCUUUGGUAGCUCCUCCUACUCUGAAGAAAAUGCUAGGUGGAAGAAUGAAGCAGCAAACAACAUUUCAAGUCCUGGCAUGGAAAGCAGUAAUAUGAGGCUGCAAUGCAUCAUGGAGGAAUUGCUGCUGACAGAGCUGGAGUAUGUAAGAUCUCUGGCUUACAUCCUGACUCAUUAUCUCCCCCUGCUGGCCCAGCCAGAUGUGCCCCCAGACCUGAGAGGCCAGCGUGGAAGGAUCUUUGGGAACCUUGAGAACCUAUAUGCCUUCCACUGCCACUACUUCCUGCAGGAACUUGAGGCUUGCCGGACCGAACCACUCCAAGUGGGCCGCUGCUUCCUCAGACAUAGAGAGAAUUUUGGGUUGUACGCUCUCUACAGCAAGAACAAGCCUCAGUCAGACGCUCUGAUCCAACAGCACAAGUUCUUCAAGAGUAAGCAGCUGGAGCUGGGAGACAGCAUGGAUCUGUCCUCCUACCUGCUGAAGCCAGUACAGAGGAUCAGUAAGUACAGCCUGCUGCUGCAGGAGAUGCUGGAGGAAUGUGGAUCAGCACACGACGCAGAACGCAAAGAGAUCCAGGGUGCUGCCGAGGUGGUCCGAUUCCAGCUACGCCACGGAAACGACCUGCUCACCAUGGACGCCAUCCAGGACUGUGAUGUGAACUUGCAGGAACAAGGCCAGUUAAUUCGCCAAGAUGACCUCUACAUAACAUUUCGCAAGAAGCGUGCUUUGCGUCGAGUGUUUCUGUUCCAGGAUCUUAUUCUGUUCACCAAGACAAAGAAAACGCACCGUGGAGAUGAUGUGUAUGUCUACAAACAGUCUUUCAAGACAUGUGACAUAGGACUAACCCAGAACUGUGGACAGAGUGGCUUGUGCUUUGAGAUCUGGUUCAGAAGAAGAAGAGCUCAGGACACAUAUACGCUUCAGGCAGAGAGACAGGACAUGAAAGAGGCCUGGACUGCAGACCUGGAGCGCAUUCUGUGGGAACAGGCCCUGAAGAACAGAGAGUUGCGGAGACAGGAGCAGGUGUUCAUGGGAAUGGGUAGUAAACCUUUCAUGAAAAUUCAACCUAAAGAAGCAGAUGUCCAUAACAGAACCAUCACUUCUUUUUUCCAAGAAGGAGGUAUCUCUCAAAAUCCAGAGACUGAAGGAUUAAAAUCUCCAAAUCUCACAACACCCAGACACCAAAGCGACACAUCGCUGCCUCGGCCAGAAUCCAUAGGCUCAACCUCAGGCAGUCAAUCAUCUUCCUCCUCAGGCAGAGGGUCUUUGUCCCCUAGCGGUUUCCGAGAAAACCCGGUGCCUGAAAACGGCCAUGGAGCUCAGAUACCUCGGCUGAGCCAUCAGAACAACUGCCAUGCGAGCAUAGAGUCUCCGGGUCCAUACGGAUCACGUGUGUGUAGUUCCUCAGGUUCCUGCAGUGCUACAGGAGGGAGGUUUACAACGCCUGCUGGUCCCCAGAUGCAGCAAACAUCACCUGCUCUAUCCCGAAAAAAGGGCCUCAGUAGCACAACACAUAAAAUACAUGCCUCUUAUUUCUCAGAAGGUUAGAGAACGGAUUUGCGGAUUCACUGUUUACGAUGCUGCCAUUUGUUCUGAAUAUAUUGUAUGCUUAACUGUCACUUUUUCCCAACAUACAAAUUCCAUACAACUUCUAGGGUGGCCUGUUUUAGCAACCAAGAACCACCAAAUGUUUCUGAAUAAAUAUUCUGUUUUUGCCUGUUCAUUUAUUUUGGCAUCGAAAUCGCCGUAAGAACACAAUUUUAUGUAACUUUCGUCUCUAAGACACAACCUUGAUUGUACUAACUAUCAAACUUAAAUAGCUGAAGUCCAGACGGAUAUUAUUUUCAGAAUUAUUGCUAUCCUUUAUUUAAAAAUAUUUUUCUAUUUAUAGAAUAAAUCUAUUCAUUCUAUUUAUAUUUCUCAAAGAAAUUACAAUAAUUCAAACAGGAGAGACGGGUUACCUUUUACUUUUUUUAAAUCAUAUUUCCUUUUCAUAUAAUUUGCAAAAGUAAGGAAUGUGUAUAUUGAAAAAGCAACAUUUCUAUUCAGUUCUAUGUGAAACUAUAUAUUCUUUCUUAAUCACUCUGCUUGGAAGUCUGUUGCUGUCACCUGAUAGCAUAUCCUGUUGCUGUGGGGAUUUCACCUGAUGUUACAGGCAUGUGCAGGCAUAUAAUCAUCAUACAUCACCGUAGUGAAAAGUAAACAACGCUCAAAAAAGCCGUCGACCUUCACGCAUCAGGUAACUGAUCAUUCCACUGAAGUGUGUGCAGGAAGACUGAAGCUUACAUAGGGAACAAGUGGAACAAUUUCACACAACAAAAGCACAGCACUGAUUAAAGCAUAGUCCAUAUUCUGAUUGUAUUUUAAUGCUGGAAAAACAGUUUGCUGAACAAAUAAAUGAUAAGAAUACAUGUUAUUGGAUAGAGGAGUUUUAUUAAAAUGUUAUAUCCCUAUAAAAUGUUAUAGGGAUUUUCUAAAGCCUUUAUAUAUCAGAGUAACAGUUAUUUUACAAUUUUUUUAAAACACUUUUCUAUUUGAAUAAAAAUAAAUUAAUUAAUUCAUUAAUUAAUAAUAAUAAUAAUAAUAAUAAUAAUAAUAAUAAAACACUUUACAUUGCUCUUGUAUAGCAUCUUUUUCUGCAUGUGUAUAACUGAAUCCAUUUGCUGAACAAAAUCACAUGUAUUUACUCUUCAUGAGAAAGCCAAAUAUUUCUGUGUAAAAUAAAAUUUAAAAA